GCUCUUCGCCGGCCUGUAAGAAAACAAUAAUUUUUCUCAUGCACCUAUUAAAAAGGCAUUCCUCGAGAUGGUACCUGCACAUGAUUGUUGCAUGAACCCUGUCCGUAUCAUCUGCUAUCACCUCGUGAUACCACGAAACCUCUACCUCGCGUCUUACCCGCGACUGCCCGACUCGUGCAACUACUCAUACCAAAAUGUCUUAGACACUAAAGCCUACAGUCUCACAGUCUUGUACCUGAAGGUGCUGCUGCACCUCUUUCCACAUUCACGAUCGAAGCUUGCCUGUGAAGCUUUCGCAUCUCCAGAACGACUGGAAGAACCGCAACCAUGGCUCCGAACGAACCUCUAUUUGCAGACAGGAGGGGGUCCUCGAUACAUUCCGAGGAACGCGCCGCAGACGAAGACACAGCUCUUUUGACUGGACAAAAAUCCUUCUCAGCUCCUCAGAAUCGGUCUCACUUCUGGAGAGAGGUUGGAUUAUUUACCUGGGCAGUCAUCGCAACUGCUGCAGUCAUUGUUCUAGCUGUAUUGUCCCAACACCAAACAACGUCUGAGGAUGGCAAGAACUCGAAGCCUGCAGGAAAGCGGAAUCUGAUCUUCAUGGUCUCUGAUGGAAUGGGUCCUGCGAGUUUGUCAAUGACUCGAAGCUUCAGACAAUUUCAAGGUUCCCUUCCCUACGGCGAUGUCCUGGUUCUCGAUCAACACUUUAUCGGAUCCUCUCGCACUAGAUCAACAAGCAGCUAUGUUACGGACUCGGCAGCGGGUGCAACGGCCUUUUCUUGUGGGUUGAAGAGCUAUAAUGGAGCUAUUUCCAUGCUCCCUGAUCAAACACCUUGCGGCACUGUACUUGAAGCUGCAAAGAGGGCUGGCUACAUGACUGGUCUGGUGGUUACAACGGACAUUACAGAUGCAACACCUGCUUGUUUUGCAUCUCAUGUCAGAUUAAGGUCAGAAGAGGACUCAAUUGCCCAGCAAGAAGUUGGAGAACAUCCUCUUGGACGAGUGGUUGAUCUCAUGCUUGGAGGAGGUCGUUGCCAUUUCUUACCAAAUACCACUGACGGCAGUUGUCGCGAGGACGAUAGAGAUAUCACAAAACUUGCUCAAGAAAGCUUCGGGUGGAACUACAUUGACAGCCGGAAAGAUUUCGAUAAUCUGAAGCUUGGCUAUAACGUUGAGCUGCCGUUACUUGGACUCUUUGCUGAACACGAUAUUCCGUAUGAAAUUGAUCGACGCAACAUGAACGAUGUAUACCCUUCACUGGAGGAGAUGGCUCGAACUGCCUUGAAUGCUCUUACCGCUGCGACCAAGGACAGCGAAAAGGGAUUUUUUCUCAUGAUCGAAGCUAGCAGAAUUGAUCAUGCUGGUCACGGCAAUGACCCUGCUGCACAAGUCAAUGAAGUUCUCGGUUAUGACCGAGCUUUUGCAACCGUUGUGGAAUUUCUAGACGAGUCCGAGGUAGAAGGAGUCCUCGUGGCAACUUCCGAUCAUGAAACUGGGGGUCUUUCUGUUGCGAGACAGUUGCACCCAGAAUAUCCUCACUAUGGGUGGUAUCCUCAAGUCCUCGCUAACGUUUCUCACUCUGCCUCUUAUCUUUCUUCGCAGCUUCGAUCACAUAUCGGUCAGACGGUCGAUCACAGCAAUAGUCUUGAAGAUGAUGAAACUCGAAAGGCCAGCCUAGAGAAGUACAUCAACGAGGAACUAGUCCAGAAAGGGCUGGGUAUUCAAGAUGCCACUCCGGAGGAGAUCCAACGAGUAAUAGACAUCCCCCUUCUCAGUUCCUACACUUUUGCGGAUAUGGUCAGUCGUCGAGCACAGAUUGGCUGGUCAACCCAUGGUCAUUCAGCAGUCGAUGUCAACAUUUACGGCUCGAAAGGUACCGAUGCUCUACAUGGCAAUCACGAGAACACGGAGGUUGGAGAAUUUCUGAGGAAUUACCUCGAAUUGGAUGUCCAAUCUGUGACCGACGAGUUGAUUGAGAAGUCAACGACCAUAACAACUUCAAAUUCUGGCAAUUGGUUUGGACGCGUUCCCUCAGAGGAAGAAAUCCAGUCGGCCUCAAGACAUUACGAGCGCUUAUAUCCUGAAGCUCCUUGACAAUUUCAUUAGACACAAUACCCACAUAGACUUUGCUUGUUAUAUCAUCGAUCAAUUUCAAAUACCUUUUGGCAGCGUUAUCACUUCAUUAGCUAUCUUUACUUGGGCAUUUUGCAGGACGGGUUCCACGUGACAUUUUUGCAAACAUUGGGAUUGCCCCUCGGUGUUACACAGCCACCAGUCGUUUGUUGCAAACUCGCGGCAUGUUCAUAUACAUUUACCCAGUCUAAAAGUCCUCCUAUCAAACACGAACAAUGUUCAAACUCACGAACAACCUGCCUAACGCUAC